AGAACAGGGGCAUGUCAGUCAAUCCGUAGAUUGAACAGCGGAAGAUAAGGGGGGUGGCGCUCUAUUCGCCGGCGAGUCUCUCUGUUAACUUUGAUCUCGUACGAUAAAGAAGAGAAAAGAGAGAGAAACAGAACAAGAGAAGGACCUUGGUUGGUCUCGACUCGACCUCUCUUAAACACCUCGUUAAUCAUAAUUCACAUCAAUUUCGAUUCAACGAGGUGUUUAAGAUUGAUUGAUUUGCAUAAGAUAGAUUGUUAGAUAAUUUGAAGAGCAAUCAAGGGUUGAAUACGAAAUGGACAAUGUAAUGAGCAAAAUUCGGAGCUUGGACACCUAUCCGAAGAUCAAUGAGGAUUUCUACAGCAGGACCCUCUCCGGCGGUGUCAUCACCCUCGCCUCCUCCAUCGUCAUGUUCCUCCUCUUCAUCUCCGAGCUCAGAUUAUAUCUCUAUACUGUAACUGAGACACAGCUAUUAGUAGAUACCUCAAGAGGAGAAACCCUACGCAUUAAUUUUGAUGUCACUUUUCCAGCCCUUCCAUGUUCUAUACUCAGUCUUGAUGCCAUGGAUAUCAGCGGGGAGCAACAUCUUGAUGUUAAACAUGACAUUGUCAAGAAAAGACUUGAUACACAUGGUAAUGUAAUAGAAGAAAGGCAGGAUGGUAUUGGUGCUCCCAAGAUUGAAAAGCCUUUACAAAGACAUGGUGGGAGGCUUGAACACAAUGAGACAUAUUGUGGUUCAUGCUAUGGUGCGGAAGUGUCAGAUGAUGAUUGUUGUAACUCUUGUGAUGAAGUUCGUGAAUUAUAUAGAAAGAAAGGUUGGGCACUAUCAAAUCCAGAUUCGAUUGACCAGUGCAAAAGAGAAGGUUUUCUUCAAAGGAUUAAAGACGAAGAAGGUGAAGGAUGCAAUAUAUAUGGUUUCUUAGAAGUUAAUAAAGUGGCUGGAAAUUUCCACUUUGCACCUGGGAAAAGCUUUCAUCAAUCAGGGGUUCAUGUGCACGAUCUGCUAGUUUUUCAGAAGGAUAGUUUUAAUGUAAGUCACAAAAUCAAUAAAUUAGCUUUUGGAGAAUAUUUCCCUGGUGUUGUGAAUCCUCUUGACCGUGUGCAAUGGACACAAGAGACUCCAAGUGGGAUGUAUCAAUAUUUUCUCAAGGUGGUACCUACUGUAUACACGGAUGUCCGCGGACACACUAUCCAAUCGAAUCAGUUCUCUGUAACUGAACAUUUUAGGAGUGCAGAAGAAGUAGGUCUCCUUCAGUCCCUUCCUGGAGUUUUCUUCUUUUACGACCUUUCACCUAUCAAGGUGACUUUCACUGAGGAACACAUUUCAUUCCUACACUUCCUAACAAAUGUCUGUGCAAUAGUUGGAGGUGUUUUCACUGUUUCGGGGAUAUUAGAUUCGUUCAUAUACCAUGGUCAAAGGGCGAUCAAGAAGAUGGAAAUCGGAAAAUUUAGUUGAUGAUUAGAGCACUCAGUAUGUGUUGCUGUAUUUUGGUUGGUUUCCCAGCAAAAUGGCUUUCUGGAAAGAAACAAUUUCAGAGAACAGGAACUAUGACACCGACUCUUCCUGCAAGGUUGGGCUGCUUGACACAUGAGAGGUUUUGUCAUGAUAUAUUUCAAUGUUUCAUUGAUGAAUUCGAUUAAUUUAUUUAUCUUUUAAGUAUAUUAGAGUUAUUGCUGUGCCAUAUAUAUUUUCAUUAUUGAUGUGAAUAUGGGCUGUUUUGUUGCUCAUGGGAAAACUGGUGUGAAUUCAUAAAAAAAAAAAUGUGGAGAGAAAAAACAGAUAGAAAAAAGAGGAAAUUUUAAACUCCGAAAUUUUGGAGUGAAUUUGACAAUGUCAAAAGUUUGGUUUCUCUGUUUUGUGAUUACUUAGUAUAAAGUUUUCACAUUUAGCAUCUUUUAAA